UGGGUUGGUCCACCGCUGAGCCGGUGAACCUGGUCCAACCAUUAACUUCCCCGUGUGAGAGGGAGGCGGAGGAGAGUGUCCGGGAGAUGGAGAGAGGAUGCGGUACGAUACCCAGCUGCUCAACGCCUCUUCUCCGUUCCAGGCGCAACAGUACCAAUUCCCUCCUCCCCAGAAGUAGCGGCAGAAGAACCCAAAACCCCCGCCGAUUCGUCGACGUCAGGGCCCAAGACCGCAACUCUCAAGAGCAGCAGCUCAACCUCUCCGUUCUUCGCUUCACUCUCGGGAUACCGGGUUUGGACGAGUCCUACCUGCCCAGAUACAUUGGACUGGGCUUUGGCUCCCUCAUCCUUCUCAACCACUUCUUCUCCUCCUCCUCCUCAGUUGUCACUCCGGCUCAGCUCAGAUCCGAGGCUCUGGGUAUUUGCUUGGCUGCCUUCUCCACCGCUCUCCCAUAUCUCGGGAGGUUUCUAAAGGGUGCAACACCAGUGGAUCGCUCAUCACUACCAGAAGGAACUAAGCAAAUAUUUGUCAUGUCUGAAAAUGCCUCAGUUUCUCAGAAGGAAGAUUUGGCUUGGGCAUCAUAUGUUCUUCUGCGCAAUACGAACACAAUGUCACUUAUAGCAGUUGGGGAUGUUUUAUGCGUACGUGGCUGCUGGAACAUGACUGAAGAUGUUUCAAAAGCUCACAUAGUUGAAUGGUUCAAAAGUCAGAUUCAGCAAACUGGGUUUCAUGACCUGGAAGACACAUUAUACUUCCCUCAAAAGCCAGAUUCAGAUUCUCAGCUUGGGAGGAUCCUACCAAAGGGGACUCUUUCUCUCCUAGUACAACCAGUGCUCAGCACUUCCACUCCAACCAUUAAUGAUACAAAAAAGAGUGAAGGGUUUGUCUUGUUGGCGUCUAGUGCAGAUUAUGCAUAUGGUGACAAAGAUAGAGCUUGGAUUAGGGCAAUUGCAAAUAAAUUUCAAGGUGUCAAUGCAUCUAGAAAUUUCCAAGGCAUUGAAACUUCUCAGGCCAUGAACAGGCAGAAAUUCCUUGAUCUUCCCUCAGAUUUGAAAGCAAAAUCAGUUGCUACAAGAAUUUCUCCAAGCCAUAGAUCAGGUUCUGCAUAGAAAGUUUCCAGUUAGAGGUUUGAAAUGCCUACUCUCAUGCAAAUUAAGCAGAACUUGAAAUGCCAGUUACCUUCAGGCGCACCACCUUUCGAAUGGCCAAGAUUAGGCCUGGCAUAAGGCACUGAACAUUUGUUAUAUCAUGUCGCAGGGAGUAAACCUGGGAGUAUUAUUUGCCUUAGAUUGCUUUAGUGUAUCAAGAGGUAAAUAUUCUAUAAGUAAUAGAAAUAUACCUCUCCUGGACCUGAGAAGUGGACUGU